UGAUACGUGUUAACACAACAAGGAAAUGAAAUACAAGAAAACUAUUUGACUAUUAUUGUUUUAUAUUCACAACAAAUAUAUAAUUUUUGAAAUUAAAACAUCUGUAAUUUUUUCACUUUUUGAACAAAAAUAUUGUUUUGGUAUAUGUAAGGAAAGUGAGCAUCUACAAAUGAUAUUUCUAUUUUUCCAAAAAAAAAAGUUUUUAGUUACUAAAAGGUAAAAAAUCUUUGUUUCCGAAUAGUCUAAGAAUCAUUUCGUAAAAAAUUAUAGAAUAAGGAUCUUAUUAUUAUCAUAUUUUCCUUAAAAUUUAUUCAUCCAGAUUUUUAUGCUAAAUGUAUGAACAUAUGCUGCAAAAACCUGUGAACUAACAGCUGUUGCUAAGGUGUUUUAUAUGCAAAGUACAUAAUUUCUGUAGAAAUAACUUUUAAAACUCUUCUUCACAGAAUUCAGUUUUUGCCAUCUCCAUUUUAAAAACUACAAAAGUAUGAAGAGAGAGUUAUAUAAAUUUAAUCUGCAUUUUAAUUUAGAACUGUUAAGAGAUUUCGAGGUUUGAUGAGCAAACAUCAAUCAUGGAAACGAGUUCUGUAAAUGGAGAGAUGCAUUAGCAAAAAAGGAAAAUAAACAAUAAAUUAUUGAGACAUUUGAUAACAAGUUGAGCUUAAUGUUGUUGUGAAAAAUACGAAAUGUCUGACUUUGGAGAGAGUAAUAUCAAUAUAGCAAAUAGAAUUAAACAUUUUUCAGGCACUGUGGAUAGUAAUUGUAACAAUGUACAUAAAAAACCAAGCCCUGUUCCAAGAAGACGUCCACAGACUGAGGAAAUAAAUUAUAAUAUAGGAUUGCAUGCUUUAAGGAGGAGUUCUUCGGAUCAUGCAAUAACUCCAAAAAAGCCAGCAGUACCAACAAAACCUGUCCCUGCUCCUAAAACUUCUCAUGUACAAGCAUCAAUACAAAUAUCAAAACCUCAAGUUGCAGCACGAGGGAAAUCCCCAAGACCUGCUAGCACUCCUGUGUCGCCGAAUUUAGAACAUAAAGUAGUAAGUGAAUUGAGUACAAAUCAAAAAAAGACUAACAAAGCUUUAGAGAAUAAACCAAAGCUGCCUAUGAAACCUAAUAUUAAUUUGUUAGAUAGUAAGGGGUUUGGUACACAGGUGAAGUCGAUAAAUAGUGAACAAUCCUCUUGGAAACAAACAGCUGGACCACCAAAAAAGCCUGUACCCUUUGGUCCUACUAAAGUUAUAAAUCAACCUACCACUAGUCCUCCUAAACCACCAAGAGGACGAGAAAGAAGUGUAUACGAAAACCAUGAACUUGAUACUUCAAAAAAUAUAAAAAAUAUUGCAAAUAAUGUUAGUGAGAGAACAGAUACUUUGGAUGGAAUGACGUUUGGAGUUCCUAAAUCAUAUCACAACACACACAUUAAAGCGAAACAACAACAAUCUGCUCCUGCAACUACGCAUGUACCAUUCACAUCAAAACCAUAUGGAAAACAAAACAUUGCAAAUUCAUCAUCAAGGACAAAAUCUACUUCAGCAGUGGAUGAUGAUUAUGAUUAUGUUUAUGAGGGGGUUAAAAGUCGAACACCUGUAAUGUCUCAAAAAAACCUAUACGAUCAGGCAGACCCUCGCGCUGUUCAAGGUUUUAUGAAGUCAAUACAAAGCAAUGGCAGUGAUGAUCUUUAUGAAGAUCCAGAUACAGUGGACUUUUCUUCAAAAAACCAAAACAAAUGUGUUCCUAAUGCGGACACUAGUUCUCAAGAAGAUUACGAAGAACCACCUGAUGCUAAGGGUCCACUAAUACAUAUAAAAGACACUUCUUCUGAUGACGAUAACGAUGAUUACGAUAUGCCCGAUAGUUAUUAUCCUCCUCCCGUCCCUAUGCACAAAAACAAAUCUAACAAAGAUACUCCACCACCUGUGCCUAGUCACAAAAACAUCAGUGAUGACAAUAAUCUUGCCUCUUCUUCAAGCGAUGAAGAUGCCUGUCCCAAUUAUACAGAUCCAGAGUCGUAUUUCUCAAAACCGCCUGUUCCAAUAUAUAAACAGCGUCUUGGUAGCAUGCGAAGGGGUAGCAAUGUACACUUUCAACCAGCUGAGUACAUGCCGGUGUGUGAAUUUGUUCCAGAAAUUGACUCUGAUGAUGAACUUAUACGUGACUCUUCGUAUAUUGAUCCUGCAAUAGCGUUUCCAACUUCACCUACCUCCAAAGUCCGAAUUAAAGCUAAUGAUGAACAAAUAUACAGUGAUGAACCAUUAUAUCAGGUGUAUAAUGCAGAAGUCAAUGAAGAGCAUCAUAGACUCAGUAAGAAAAAAGAUGACAAAGAAAAUAAUAAUAUCUGUCCUGAUAUUCUACAUGGUGGAAAGUCCAUACGUAUGUUAUGGGAAGAGCUACCUGCAGUCAGAACCAGUGGUUUUCUUGAAAGUAUCACCGAUGAGGAGCGGAAAAGACAAGAAGCAAUGUUCGAAGUUAUCACAUCUGAAGCAUCCUAUCUCAAAAGUUUAGACAUCUUGGUAUCACACUUUAUGUUAAACAAAGAUUUUCUUCCCAACCCACGCAUGCCUUCUGCUGAUACAGACGAACAACAGAUGCUUGAUCGACAGCAAUAUCAUUUUCUGUUUACUGGUAUAUCUGCCAUCAAGUCUGUUAGUGAAAGAUUUUUAAAAGAUCUUCGACGGCGUCAACAAGAAAGUAUCUUGAUCAGCACCAUAAGUGAUAUUAUUUCAGAUUACGCACAGAAUAAUUUCCAUUGUUAUGUUAAAUAUUGUUCCAACAAAGUUUUUCAAGAUCGAACAUUGACAGCCUUAUUGCAUUCCAAUGCGCAAUUUGCCGAUGUUUUGUCUCAACUAGAAACUAAUCCAAUAUGUCAAGGCCUUUCAAUGCAGUCAUUUCUAACUUUACCCAUGCAAAGGAUAACAAGGUUACCUCUAUUGGUGGAUGCUAUCUGCAGCAGAUGCGAGCCAGGUAGUGAUGAGUUUCACGCAACAGAUAAAGCUCUUAAUAUUGUUAAUGUUUUGGUCCACGAAUCCAACGAGGGUGCUCGUAAAAUGGAAAGAACUGAAGAAAUGUAUUUUAUACAGAAAACAUUAACAUUUAAAACAAAGCCCAUACCACUUAUAUCUUCGUCUCGAUGGCUGGUUAAGCGAGGCGAUGUCAUGUGCCUGCACGAAGAAGGACGCUUUUCAAAAUAUCGAAAUCAAAUUCGACAAAUCUUCAAAGGCAAAUGCAAGCCUGUCUAUUUGUUUCUGUUUACUGAUAUUGUCCUGGUAACGAAGAUGAAAAAUGAUGAACAUUUUAAAGUUAUUGAUUAUUGCACACGAUCACUUCUAAAGGUGGAAGUCCUGCCGCAUAUUCCGGACCCAGAACCUCCGAAAGUUGGUACACUAGCGACAAUUCAUAUAAACCCAUUAAAAUAUGCGUUCACCAUUAUUCUGUUGGAGAAUUCAAACAACAAAACUGUGGAUUAUCAUUGUUUUCUAUCAACGGAAACUGAUAAAACGCGAUGGCUAGAAGCGUUUAAUCCACCGAAAGAAUCUUUAGAAAUAGCUGGCGAAUCCAUUUACGACGAAUGGGAUUGUCCUCAAGUCCAGGUCAUACAUCCGUAUCAAGCCGAACAAUCAGACGAAAUAACAUUAAUAGAAGGUGACGUCAUUAAGGUGUUAAGGAAACUUCCUGACGGUUGGGCUGAAGGGUUGCGUCUUCGCGACGACGAGAAAGGUUGGUUUCCUAUCAAUCAUACGGAUGAGAUUGACAGCAAACACAUUCGAGCAAAAAAUUUAAUGCAGAGGUACAGGCUGGUUACUGCUAGCAAGAAUAUCGUUAGUCAAAUUCUUGGAAAAUAAAUACAGGAAACUGCAUUAACGCGUUACGUACAAAUGUGAUACAUAGCUACAGGGUGAUGGCUUGUGACUGUUAUCAGCAGGUGGAUACGAGGACGUAUCAGGUUACGAAGCACAAUAUUCAAGAACCUCGCCAAGAAGGUAUUUUUUAUCGCGAUGUUUCUGAAAACAAAGACCGUCUUAACUUUAGUACGCAUGCGUGCAUUUUUUUGAUAAAUUUGUCAAUUGUUAUGAUUGUGUUAAUUUUUAAACAUUUUGUUUCUUCUUAUCCCAUUAUAUAUAUUUUUUUUAAUUUAUUACAGAAAAUAAAUUGGAGUGAUGUUUGAUUUUGCAUCAUUUUUUGAAAUAUUAAAAGGAGAAUAUAUUUUAAACAUGCACAAUUAUAUAUAUAUGCAAAUUUUGUACUAUUUUGUACAUAAAUUAACAUUUACUGAAGGGAUCCUCUCCAAGGGUGUACUCAUAUGUAAUUGUGUAUCUCAAUGCAACUCAUCUCUAAAGUAGACUUUCAGACGGAGAGUGGGAGCAGGUUUUAAGAAGAGGGCCUUCUCUGAAUUAAAGACGGUAUUUAUUACGCCAACCGUUGUUGCUCUCUUAAACUCUCAAAAAAAAUUUUUAAGAAACUAAUCUGUGACACCAAGACAUAGCAUAUGCUUUAGAGUUUUUACUAAUACUUUUUUGAGAGUUUUUACUAAUACUUUCAUUUUUUGUUAAGAACAAUUUUAUAAGAACAAUGAAGCUUAAAGUGUUUAAAAAAAGAGAACGAAAUAACGUAAAAAGAGGCUCGAAGAGGCACAUUGAAGCUAAGCUCAAAUUAAAGUGUUAUCCAAAAAAAUGUUAACCUUUUUGUAAAAAUGUAAAUAUUUGUAUUUCACUAAUUAUAAUUCUAUUUUUCUACGAUAAGUCGAAUUUGUCCAGCAUAAUUUUAUUCAAAUCAGCGUUUUGUAGAUAUUGAUUGGUACCUUGAUUUUUUACGACCAAAAUAUACCUUUACAUAAAUAAUUUUCUUGGAAUCUGUGUUGUCUGUUACGUUGGUUAAAGGGUGUACGGUCUGUUUUUUGUACGCAUAAAAUUAAAACAACCUAGUUACCAAGGAAAACUGGGAAAUUAAAAAUAACAAUAUUUCCUAUUUUCCAAAACGACUUUUUUUAGCUUUGUAAUUUAUAUAUGUAUUAUAGGUAACAUUAUGAUAAUUAAUUUCUCAUACUAGGAAAAUUUGUAAUAAAUUGUAAUUGUACUUUGGAUAAGAAGCUUAGUUAGCAACAAAAUUUAAAAAAAUAA